CGGACUGGGCCGCUCUGCCGGAGGAGCGGGCUAUGCGGCCCGGGCGCCCCGGCGGGCGAGGAUCGGGGGCGCUGGUGCCGAGGCAGCCCUGACCUGGGACCCCCGGGCCCGGCUGCAGCCCGCCCGGCUUUCGGAACUGGUCCCCGGGCUGGCCCCGAGGUUGGAGCUGCGAGGAGCGGGAAGGGCGCCCAGCAGCCCACCUGAGCGCGCCGGCGCCGCCUUGCCCCUCGGCCCCUAUCGGCCGGUACUUUUCCGCUUGGGGCCGGGGCAAGCCCUCUGACCUCAGGAAGCGCCUGCGGGGCCCCCGCCGGGGGCGGGAUGGGGAGAGAAUUCCAGAGGCGCCGGGUGCUCCCGCCUCCCCGCUGUCCUCCGGGGGCCGCCGCCGGCUCGCCCACUCCACCGCCGGGGAGGGCCUGCGCUCCCGCCGGGGGAGGGGCGGAGCGGCGGUCGGCGAGGCGGAGGGGAUUAUUCACCGCCCGGGCCUCGCCCCCGCCACACACCUGGGCGGCGAGGGACUCAGGUGCGGCAUCCGCGGGAGCUGGGAGGCUGGCACAGCUGGCAGCCCUCAUCCUCCCCUCACAGCCCUGCCCGUCUCGGCCCCAUGCCCCCGCCAGUCAGCCCCCGGCCACAGGCAGUGAGCAGGUACACGGAACCCGAGGCCCUGUGACCAGGCCAAGGAGACAGGGGCUCCGGGGUCCCGGCCACCUGUCCCCCCCAUGGAGCUGAGGCCCUGGUUGCUAUGGGUGGUAGCAGCAGCAGGAGCCUUGGUCCUGCUGGCGGCCGAUGCCCGUGGCCAGAAAGUCUUCACCAACACCUGGGCUGUGCACAUUCCUGGAGGUCCAGCUGUGGCUGACAGAGUGGCACGCAAGCAUGGCUUCGUCAACUUGGGCCAGAUCUUCGGCGACUAUUACCACUUCUGGCAUCGAGCAGUGACAAAGCGGUCCCUGUCGCCUCACCGCCUGCGGCACAGCCGGCUGCAGCGGGAGCCUCAAAUACAGUGGCUAGAGCAGCAGGUGGCAAAGCGACGGACCAAACGGGACGUGUACCUGGAGCCCACGGACCCUAAGUUUCCCCAGCAGUGGUACCUGUCUGGCGUCACCCAGCGGGACCUGAACGUGAAGGAGGCCUGGGCCCAGGGCUACACGGGGCGUGGCAUUGUGGUCUCCAUUCUGGAUGAUGGCAUUGAGAAGAACCACCCGGACUUGGCAGGCAAUUAUGACCCUGGGGCCAGCUUCGAUGUCAACGACCAGGACCCGGACCCCCAGCCUCGGUACACACAGAUGAAUGACAACAGGCAUGGCACACGGUGUGCGGGUGAGGUGGCUGCGGUGGCCAACAACGGUGUCUGUGGCGUAGGUGUGGCCUACAAUGCCCGCAUUGGAGGGGUGCGCAUGCUGGACGGCGAAGUGACAGAUGCAGUGGAGGCCCGCUCGCUGGGCCUGAACCCCAACCACAUCCACAUCUACAGCGCCAGCUGGGGCCCUGAGGACGAUGGCAAGACCGUGGACGGGCCAGCCCGCCUUGCUGAGGAGGCCUUCUUCCGGGGGGUCAGCCAGGGCCGUGGAGGACUAGGCUCCAUCUUUGUCUGGGCCUCGGGGAAUGGGGGCCGGGAGCAUGACAGCUGCAACUGCGAUGGCUACACCAACAGCAUCUACACGCUGUCCAUCAGCAGCGCCACGCAAUUUGGCAACGUACCCUGGUACAGUGAGGCCUGCUCGUCUACACUGGCCACGACCUACAGCAGCGGCAACCAGAACGAGAAGCAGAUAGUGACCACCGAUCUGCGGCAGAAGUGUACGGAGUCUCACACAGGCACCUCUGCCUCUGCCCCCUUGGCAGCGGGCAUCAUCGCUCUCACCCUGGAGGCCAAUAAGAACCUCACAUGGCGGGACAUGCAGCAUCUGGUGGUACAGACCUCAAAGCCAGCCCACCUCAACGCUAAUGACUGGACCACCAAUGGCGUGGGCCGCAAAGUGAGCCAUUCGUACGGCUACGGGUUAUUGGACGCAGGUGCCAUGGUGGCCCUGGCCCAGAACUGGACCACGGUGGACCCCCAGCGCAAGUGCAUCAUUGACAUCCUCACUGAGCCCAAGGACAUCGGGAAGCGGCUGGAGGUGCGGAAGACAGUGACCGCCUGCCUGGGGGAACCCAGCCACAUCACGCGGCUGGAGCAUGCUCAGGCGCGGCUCACCCUGUCCUACAAUCGCCGCGGUGACCUGGCCAUCCACCUGGUCAGCCCCAUGGGCACCCGAUCCACCCUGCUGGCUGCCAGGUGCGUGCCCUCUCCACUGCCCAGCCCAUCCCUGCCUUCACACCCGUGUGCGUUCAGCCACUCACUCUCACAGCCCCAACGUCAACCAAGCACUGCUCCGCGGGGCAUUGUUGGCGUCUUGAGAGGCCUAGGUUUUGUUCUAUGGGACGGUCCCAUGUCGCAGGAAUCCCCAAUUCUGUUCGCUGGAGGAGACGUGUGUGCCUUCCUGUGUGUAGCCCCCUUGCACAUUUUCAGGGUGUUCUUGUUGAGAACAUUCGUCCUUCUGGGAAACAACCAGAGGCAUUUCCAGCCCAGUGGGCUUGGCGCUGCCCUGGGGGAGGUUGUGUGGUCUGUGUGCCGUGGGCUCAGUGUCCCCUUUCUCCACAGGCCGCACGACUACUCGGCAGACGGAUUUAACGACUGGGCCUUCAUGACGACCCACUCCUGGGAUGAGGACCCUUCUGGCGAGUGGGUCCUGGAGGUCGAAAACACCAGUGAAGCCAACAACUAUGGGACGCUGACCAAGUUCACCCUCGUGCUGUACGGCACGGCCCCCGAGGGGCUGCCCACACCUCCCGAGAGCAUCGGCUGCAAGACCCUCACAUCCGGCCAGGCCUGUGUGGUGUGCGAGGAGGGCUUCUCCCUGCACCAGAAGACCUGUGUCCAGCACUGCCCUCCCGGCUUCGCUCCCCAAGUCCUCGACACACACUAUAACACUGAGAACGACGUGGAGAUCAUCCGGGCCAGCGUCUGUGUCCCCUGCCAUGCCUCGUGUGCCACGUGCCAGGGGCCAGCCCCCACGGACUGCCUCACCUGCCCCAGCCACGCAUCCCUGGACCCCGUGGAGCAGACGUGCUCCCGGCAAAGCCAGAGCAGCCGCGAGUCCCCACCGCAGCAGCUGCCCCGGCCGCCCCCGCCCUCCCCACAGGAGGAGGAGGCAGAACCUCGGGUGCGGGCGGGGCAGCUGCCCUCACACCUGCCCGAGGUGGUGGCCGGCCUCAUCUGCGCCCUCAUCGUGCUGGUCUUCGUCACUGUCUUCCUGGUCCUGCAGCUGCGCUCGGGCUUCAGCUUCCGGGGGGUGAAGGUGUACACCAUGGACCGUGGCCUCAUCUCCUACAAGGGGCUGCCCCCUGAAGCCUGGCAGGAGGAGUGUCCAUCCGACUCCGAAGAGGACGAGGGCCGGGGCGAGAGGACCGCCUUUAUCAAAGACCAGAGCGCCCUUUGACAGCGCCUGCCGCUCCCCGAGCCCGCCCCUCCUCGGGCACUUGUUACUUCACCAAAGUGUUUUUUUAUCUCGAGACUGGGCUUGGAUCCCAGCUGGGAGGCGAGAGGGGCGGAGAGGGCUUCCCAGCCUCCCCCUGGACCCCCUGGCUGCCUGAGGUGGGACUCCAGGACCAGCCAGGGUGUGGGGGGCAGGGGGAGGGGGCCUCUCCCCACCCCCAGAGCCCCUCCGAGUGGAGAACAGAGUGAAACCUUUAGGGCAGCUUUCCAGGGUCCGGGCCCCAGCCAGAGCUCCCUGCCAAGCGAAGGGGGUGGGGGGGUGGCCCUUCCCCGUCCCUCUAAAGCAAUAAUGGUUCCCAUCCAGGCAGCAGGGAGGCUGGCCUAGUGGGUAUUUGAAGGAGGAGGCCACCUCUCCAAGGGCUUUUGCAUCCGCUACCCCGCCCCCCACCUCUGGUGAGCCUCGGGUGGAAGCAGUGAGCAAAGGAAGGGACCAAGGCCAGGCAGGCACCUCCGGGGCGCGCACGUGGGUCCACGCGCGUUUGUCCCUUUGCCCCCGUCUACUGCGCUGGCUGCCUGCCAAGCAAGGUUGGCCCAGCCCCACGCUGGUGCCCCUACCACCCUCCCCUCUCCAGCACCCUUCCCUCCCGCCAGGGCCCAAGUCCCUGUUUUCUGAGCCCGGGGCCACCUGGGCUGUUGGCACUCGCAGUCCCAGAGCCCCUGGGUGGGUGGUGGGGAGGGACGGUGGCCCAACCGGCCUGUCCCACCUCCCACCCGAUGCUGCUUUCCCCUGUGGGGAUCUCAGGGGCUGUUUGAGGUUAUAUUUUCACUUUGUGAUUAUUUCACUUUAGAUGCUGACUUGUUUUUGUUUUUUUUGUUUUUUUUUUUUGGUAUUUUUAACGGGGGUAGCAGCUGGACCAUCCACUCUCCCACACCCACUGUCCACCCUGCUGUUCCCCCCCGCCGGCUGCGCGGGCCCUGAGGUGUGGGGGGCUACGGCCUGUUGCCGAGGAAUAGCUGAGCCCCAAAUCCUGAAGAGGAGGCCAGGCCAGACGGGCCCUAGGAAAGGAGGAUUGGGGUGGGCGGGCAGGCUGUCCAUCUCAGAUGGGGCUGGUCGUGCCAAGGGCUCACGGGUCACUGGUUCUCCAAGUGCCAGGGGUGGGCAGGUGGUGGCACCAAGCCCCUUCCAACACUGUGCCCUGGUGGAGGAAGCGCUGACCUGUCCGGCCCCCCAGGUCCCCCUCUUCUGACGUGCCUUUUGCACCCCUCCCAUUAGGACAAUCAGUCCGCUCCCAUUUGGGAGCCCCUUUUUCUCUCUCCCCCAGCACCCCCCCCACCCAGCCACCUGCCCAGGGGUGCCCCCUCCUCUUCCACCCCCACCCUUGUGGCCAGCCCAGCUGGUUUUGUAAGAUACUGGGUUGGUGCACAGUGAUUUUUUUUUUUUCUCUUGUAAUUUAAACAGGCCCAGCAUUGUUGGUUCUAUUUAACGGACUCGAAAUAAUGUUAGGUUUUAAAGUGAUUAAACUUGCAGACUAUGCAAACCAGG